GAUCAACCCCAAGCCCAUUGAGGCAAAGGGGUAACCAGAAAGCGUGAAAGAGAGAAAGAGAGGAAGAAAACACUUUUUUUUUUAUCAAAAAGAGGAUUCUUUUCUCUCUUUCUUGAUUUUUUUUUUCAAUAUCUUGUUACAUUCCUUGGAAGGCAAGCAAUGAGAAAAUCAUGUCCAAAUUUUGACAAAACAGAUGGACUGGACACGAUUCUGGAGGUUCCUAUUCCGGAGGAAAUGCUGGUAAAUAUGGGGACCAACGGGUUCAAUCGUUGGCAGAAUCUAAAAACACUAAUGAAUAAUGCUCAAGAUAAGUCGUCGGGUCUAUCCGCGCCUACGAAUAACGAAUUCACUGCAUUGCUUAAACUCGUUGGUGCUCCCCUUAUUCCUUUUCAGGUUCAAUCCGAUAAUACCUUGACUCGGCCUCUUCGAGAUUGUUCCAUUAGAGAUUCAAUUGGGAAAUACAUAAUACAACAGUACGUGGCAGCAACCGGAGGACAAAGUGCAUUGAAUUCUUUGAAAAGCAUGUAUGCAAUUGGAGAAGUUAGAAUACAUGGAUCGGAUAUGCGUCAUGGCGCGGAUGAUAAUAGUGUUAAUUCAAGAGGGAAAGCUGAAGUAGGAGGUUUCGUUCUAUGGCAAAAGAAUCCUGAUUUAUGGUGCUUGGAAUUGGUUGUUUCUGGUUUCAAAAUCACUGCUGGUAGCAAUGGGAAGGUAUCCUGGAAUCAGUCUUCUUCUCAACCUUUUCAUUCGAAUAAAGGCCCUCCUCGACCCCUUCGUCGCUUCUUUCAGGGGCUGGAUCCGAGGUGCACGGCUAACUUGUUCCUCGACGCAGAAUGUGUAGGCGAGAGCAAAAUCAACGAAGAUUUAUGUUUCAUGCUAAAACUACAAGCGGAACAGCAUUUCCUCCAAGCGCAGAGCACGUCAAACACAGAAAUCGUGAUGCACACGUUGUUGGGCUACUUCAGCCAACGAACCGGACUACUCAUAAAAUUCGAAGACACAAAGUUAGUUAGAAUGAAGGCGGUUAAAGGAAAAGACUCGGUGUUCUGGGAAACGAACAUCGAGUCUACGGUGGAAGAUUAUAGAUAUGUUGGUGGUAUUAACAUAGCGCAUGGUGGGAGGACAAUUUCGACGCUUUACAGGUAUGGCGCGGCGCAUAAUCAUAAACAGAUGAUCGAAGAAACAUGGUGUAUUGAAGAGAUUGAUUUCAACAUUUUUGGGUUGUCUAUGGAUUGUUUUCUUCCUCCGUCGGAUCAUGAGAAAGAACAUGAUAGUGCAGAACAUGCAGUGGGAGUGAGUUAGGAUUUUGCUUCACUCUUUGAAUCACAUAACUCCUCAAACUGUAGGAGGUGUAAAUACAACAUAGACAACAUAAACUCAUAAUUGAGUCACUAUAGUUUCUAUCCUAAGGUUAAUUGUAGUGGUUGUGAUCUUCCUUCUAUAAUUAUUUUGGAAGACAUCUUCCUAUAUCAAAUAUUAUGAAAUUUUUACACAUGACUAUUUAAA